UUGUAAGAACACUAGAAUUUGGUGAAUUUAUGAUGGUGGCGGCGGAAUUAAAACAUUUCGCGUCUACAAGCAUUAUGGAGCAAGUCAUGCGCAUGCGUAAAGUGUACCCGAAAGGUUUCGGCAUUCGGCGUUGUUUUGUAAAGUCUUGUUGGUUAUCUGUCGUCCGUUAUUAUAACAUUAGAUUAAAUCGACAAAUUGGCAGCAUUAAAGUGUUUCAAGUGAAAAAGUAUUAGUACAACUUUGUCUCUCAAGAUCCUUACAUAAUGAGCACUCAAUCUGCAAAUCCUCGUGAACCAACUUCUCAUGUAAAUUCAAUUUCUAAAUCAAAAAUACUGGUUGUUGGAGCAGGAGGGAUCGGAUGUGAAAUACUGAAAAAUUUGUGUGUUUCGGGCUUUCAAGAUAUUGAAGUGAUUGAUUUAGACACAAUUGAUGUCAGCAAUUUAAAUCGUCAGUUUCUGUUUCGCAAAGAACAUGUCGGGAAGUCCAAAGCAGUAGUUGCUAGAGAAAGCAUAAUAUCUUUUAAUUCCAACGUGAAUAUUAAAGCAUAUCACGACAGUAUCUUUAACCAAGAAUAUGGGGUUAAUUUUUUUAAAAGAUUUGAUCUGGUUUUGAAUGCGUUAGAUAACAGAGCUGCACGCAAUCACGUUAAUCGUAUGUGCUUAGCUGCUGACAUCCCUUUAAUUGAAUCAGGAACUGCGGGAUAUUCAGGACAAGUGGAACUCAUCAAAAAGGGAAUGACACAAUGCUAUGAAUGCCAACCAAAACCCCAGCAAAAGAGUUAUCCCGGUUGUACUAUUCGGAACACUCCAUCUGAACCAGUCCACUGCAUUGUUUGGGCUAAACAUCUGUUUAACCAACUAUUUGGUGAAGAAGAUCCUGACCAAGAUGUCUCACCCGAUACCGAAGAUCCAGAGGUAAAAAAAGACGGUGCUUUUUCUGUAACUGAGUCUGGAGAUGUGAAAAGAAAAUCAACACGUCAGUGGGCACAGGAAGUGGAUUAUAAUCCUGAACAGCUUUUUAACAAGUUUUUCAAAGACGAUAUUAAUUAUUUACUAUCUAUGGAAAAUCUCUGGAAAACACGUAAGCCGCCGGUUCCUAUUUCUUGGGAGAAGGCACUUACCUGUGAGUCCCGGAUUUCUAACGAUGAAGAAAGUUCAAAAUCCCUUGACAUGCAAGUUUUGUCAAUAAGCAAGUACACUCAAAUUUUUGCGAGUACAGUGAACAUUUUGAAGAAGGAACUCGCUGGUAAAAAGUUUCUUAUGUGGGAUAAGGACGAUACGCCCGCCAUGGAUUUUGUAACAGCUUGUGCCAACAUACGUGCAUUUAUAUUUUCCAUUUCCCAGAAGUCAAAAUUUGAAAUUAAAUCAAUUGCAGGAAACAUCAUUCCAGCAAUUGCCACUGCAAAUGCUUUAAUUGCUGGUGCUGCUGUCUUGUACGCUCUCAGAGUAUUGCAAAAUGAUUAUGAAAAAUGUCCUACAAUAUAUUUGCGGCAAAAAUCAAUUUAUUCAAAAGUUUUGUUAGCAACAGAUAAGAGCUUGCAAAAACCUAAUCCUAAUUGUUACGUAUGCUCUGCAAAACCAGUCGUCAACGUAUUUGUUAAUGUGAAUAAGAUGUUAGUCAAAGAAUUUGAAACUGAAGUUUUGAAAAACACACUUAAUAUGGUGGCUCCAGACGCUAUUUUAGAUGGUAAAGGGGUUGUAGUUAUUUCAUCUGAAGAAGGAGAAACGGAGAUCAACAACAAAAAAACACUUUGCGAAGUUGGAAUCGUGGAUGGAAGUAUUUUGAAAGUGGAUGACUUUCUGCAAAAUUAUGAAUUGAUUAUAAACGUUAACCAGUAUGAAGCUAAAGAAAAAGAUGAUCCACCAUUUAAAUUUAUUGCAAAUCCUGCCGAGCUUAAAGCAAAGCAGAUCGACGGUGUCAAGAAUGGAGUCACCGCUGCUAAAAACGAUUUACCAAAUCAAGAAAUGCACACAGAUAAUGAUGAUGUCGUUAUAUGCACAACAGAUAAUGAUGAUUUUGGAGCUUCAUCAAGUAAAAAGCGUAAAUUGAAUCCUGUUGAAGAUGAUGAUGAUGAUCUUAUAAUACUAGAUGAACAACUUGAGUAGUUUCAAGAAAUUAUGUUGUCGAUGUUUUUUUUAUAUCCGGAAAUAAACUUAUUUGGAGAAUA